AUGGAAGGUGGUGAUGAUAAUUCAGAACAAGGGAGGCAAAGGCGUGAAUGGACCAGUUUUGAAGAAGAAUCCUUGUUGAAUGCCAUUGACAGUGUUCUUGCUAGUGAACAGCGAUGUGACACGGGAAGUUUCAAAUCUGGUACGUUACUGAAAAUAGAGCAUGUUUUGAAUAAGUUAUGUCCAAAUUUUAAUUUGAAGGCCAAUCCGCAUAUUAAGUCAAAAUUAAAGAAACUUAAGAAGGAUUAUAACAUCAUCUAUGACAUGAUAAACAAGAGUGGAUUUGCAUGGAAUGACAUAAAGAAGUGUGUUGAAGUUGACAGUAAUGAAGUAUGGGACCAAUAUGUGCAGAACAACAAAAAGGCAAAAGGCUGGAGAAACAAAUCUUAUCCCCUAUUUGAGAGGCUAGCUAACAUCUUUGGAACUGAUCGUGCUAAUGGAAAUACAACUGAGGUUCCUGCUGAUAUGGUGGACGAGCAGAGCUAUAAUGAUUAUGACUUAGAUCUUGAGAAUGACACAAGUCCUCAGGUCAGCCGACAAUCUCAGAAUCGCGCCAUGUCCGCCUCUCGCCCACCCUCCGCCUUCGACAAGCUCAUGUCCGGCGCACGCGCCGCCGCCGCCAAGAAACGCAAAACCCCACCGGCCCCCAUAGAAAACCCCAAAUCCGACGAGGCUUCCGCUACUCCGAUCCCCGCCGCGGAAUCCAAACCAGAAACGGUGAAAGAAGCUCAAGAAGACGCCGGCAAGCCGGCACCGGCGCCGAGGAAACCGCGCGCGGCGAGCGUAGCGGAGGAGCGGACGGCUCAAUUGACGAGUCGGAUUGAGCUGCUGAAGAAGAAGGCGUUGGAGUUUGACCCGAGUGCAGUGGCGAAUUGGGGCAAAGGCGAUAGGGUUCCGUUUAUGUUUUUUGCUUUGGCUUUUGAUUUGAUUGACAAGGAGAGUAAGAGGAUUGUGAUUACGGAUAUAGUGUGUAAUAUGUUGAGGACUGUAAUCCACACCACGCCGGAGGAUUUGCUCCCGGCGGUUUAUCUCUCGGCUAAUAAGAUUGCUCCGGCGCAUGAAGGCUUGGAGCUCGGCAUUGGGGACGCUUCGAUUAUCAAGGCGCUUGCUGAGGCUUGUGGGAAGAGUGAGAAGGAUGUUAAGAAGCGCUAUGAUGCAGAAGGAGACUUGGGUAUUGUUGCACAGAAUAGCCGUUCACAACAGAAAAUGAUGUGGAAGCCUGAACCAUUGACUGUCACUAAGGUUUUCAACACAUUUCGUGUCCUUGCUAAGGAAUCUGGGAAGGACAGCCAGGAAAAGAAAAAGAACCAUAUGAAGGCACUUCUUGUUGCUGCCGCUGACUGCGAACCUAAGUAUUUGAUCCGUUUGCUUCAGUCGAAGUUGCGAAUUGGAUUAGCAGAGCAAACCCUUUUGGCCGCACUGGGACAAGCUGCAGUCUAUUCUGAAGAACAUUCUACACCACCUCCUGAAAUUCAGUCUCCUUUAGAAGAGGCUGCAAGGAUUGUUAAACAAGUGUACUCUCUGCUUCCUGUCUACGAUAGGAUCAUCCCUGCCCUUCUGAGUGGUGGUGUUUGGAAUCUUUCAAAAACAUGUAGUUUUACUUUGGGUAUCCCAGUUGGACCUAUGCUUGCAAAGCCCAGUAAAGGGGUAUCUGAGAUUGUACAAAAGUUUCAGGAUACAGAAUAUACCUGCGAAUACAAGUAUGAUGGAGAACGUGCGCAGAUACAUUACAUGGAGGAUGGUUCUGUUGAGAUAUACAGUCGAAAUGCUGAACGGAACACUGGAAAGUUCCCUGAUGUUGCGGUUGCAGUGUCAAGGUUAAAGAAGUCGUCUGUAAAAUCAUUUGUCUUAGACUGUGAAUUGGUUGCCUAUGACCGUGAAAAUAACAAAAUUCUACCCUUCCAGGUACUUAGCACUCGAGCCCGUAAAAAUGUGAGCAUCAGCGAUAUUAAGAUUGAGGUCUGCAUAUUUGCUUUUGAUAUAUUGUUUCACAAUGGUCAACCACUUACACAAGAGCAGCUCAAAGUUCGUAGAGAGUAUCUUUAUGACUCUUUCAAGGAAGAAGCUGGAGUUUUUCAGUUUGCCACAGCAAUAACCUCAAAGGAUAUUGAUGAAAUACAGAAGUUUCUUGAUGCUGCCGUUAAUUCAAGUUCUGAGGGUUUAAUAAUCAAAACAUUAAACAAAGAUGCUACAUAUGAGCCUUCAAAGCGGUCACUGAACUGGCUGAAAUUGAAGAAAGAUUACAUGGAUAGUUUUGGGGACUCACUGGACUUGGUACCUAUUGCUGCUUUCCAUGGUCGGGGCAAACGUACAGGUGUCUAUGGCGCCUUUCUCCUUGCUUGCUACGAUAGCGGUAAUGAAGAAUUUCAAAGCAUAUGCAAAAUAGGCACUGGAUUUUCUGAAGCUGUGCUUGAAGAACGUUCUGUCGGCCUGCGUGAAAAAGUGAUACCCAAAUCUAAGACAUACUAUAGCUAUGCAGACACAAGUAAUGCUAAUACUCCAGAUGUAUGGUUUGAACCCAGUCAGGUUUGGGAGGUGAAAGCCGCUGACUUGACUAUUAGUCCUGUGUAUCGUGCUGCAGUAGGCAUAGUGGAUGCUAACAAGGGUAUUUCUCUUCGAUUUCCACGCCUUGUUCGUGUUAGGGAAGAUAAAAAACCGGAGGAAGCUUCAUCAUCUGAGCAGGUUGCUGAGAUGUAUACUGCUCAAUCUAACAAAAGUUCUAACCACCAAGAUGACAAGGAAGAUGAAGACUAGGAACAAGAGUUUUGUGUAAAAACCGGUAGCUGUGUUGAUACAACAUACAACCCAAGUGAGUAGAUAUCCCAUUGUAAACCUGUAGGUUUUAAGUUUUAACCAAUUCAAGAGCUCUCAAUUGCAAUCCUUGGACGUGCUGCACUGAUAAUAUGGUGCCAAACAUUGAGAUUAUCGUUGCUUACAUAUAGCUGAUAUGAACUAUUCUUUUUCCUUUUUCCGUUUU